UUUAAUAUUUAUUGUGGCCGAUUUUUCGGGUGUGAAUUUGAAUUUUAUAUUAUGUCAGCCGGAAAGGUUAUGACAGAAGGUCUGAACAAUACUAUUUUCCGGGAUGUAAUUCCGUGUAGUCCGUUGAAAGUCAACCGACGAGUCUGGUACCACGACUUCCCAGAAUAUAUGACAGGAGAGUUUCAUUGAACCAACUCUGUGGAAGAAAACUUAUAUUCACGCAGAUGGUUAGGAAAUAUUCCCAUCCCCUUUUAUGGAACACACAAGUUCAGUGCCGUGUUUACAAGAGCUCGUUACUUGGUCCUGUUCUGUGCCGGAUGAACCUAGUCCGCAUCCUAACAUGCUGUAGUUAAGAUCUAUUUCAAUAUUAUCCUUCCAUAUACGUCAAGGUAUCUAAGUGGCAUCCUUCCUGUAGGUAGAAAGCGUAAGAUUCUGGGAAACGUGCUAUACAGCAUUGAAUGGUUGGGUGCAUAGGUCGUAGCCUACUUUUUGAUAAUCAUCAGGCAUUUUGUUGGAGAGACUGAAGAAACUGCAAAUGACUGGUCAUGAUGGGCUGUCAGGGGCUGAGAUUUGAACUCCACAUCACCCAAAUAUAAUUUGAUGAAGAGCUGAUUUAUGGUUUAUAAGGAAGGUACAUGGGCCUUCUGCCCAUGCAUUGCACUUGGACUUCCUCUCAUAUCUUCAGAAUCUGGAUUAUGGUCCUCAAGGAUUUAGCUGUAGUAGGUUCACAUCUUGUGUGUCUAUUUUGGCCUACCACAAGAGAUAUGGAACAGGAAACAGGUGUACUUAGGCAAGAAGUACAUUUUCUCAGAACAGAGCUCUCUAUGAGUGUACUUAGGCAAGAACUAAAUUUUCUCAGAACAGAGCUGUCUAGUGGACUAUUUACACUAAGAGGUGAAGUUCAUAGGGAUCUCUUAAAUCUGUUACAAACGUUGGAUACGGGCACUUCAUAUGAAGUAUAUGGAAACUUGGAAGAUACUUCAAAGAAGAUCGUGCAAGAUGCAAUUAGGUUUUAUGAUUCUACUAAGACAGGCCAACUAGACUUUGCCUUAGAAAGUUUAGGUGGUUCUGUAGUAUCUACGCGUAAUACCAAGGAAUAUAAGCUGUCAUCACCAUUUGGAACUUGGGACCGUUCAGCACAGCACAUCAUUCAGCCUUGUAUGAUACCUGGUGAGUGCUGGGCAUUUGAAGGCUCAGGUACUGCUGUGAUUCAACUAAUUGGUGAGGUCAACAUUACAGCAGUGUCAAUUGAGCAUGCUUCACCUGACACGUUGCCCCCAGAAGGAAUAAAGAGCGCACCAAAGGAUUUCUCUGUAUGGGGAUUAAAUAGCCUUAAUGAUAAAGGACACUACCUUGGAAGUUUUUCUUAUGAUAUCAGUGGCAGUCCUCUGCAGUACUAUACAAUUCAGGAACCAGCAGCAAUUCCAUUUCGCUUAAUUGAGCUAAAGAUUCACAAUAAUCACGGUAACCCAAGUUACACUUGCCUUUAUCGCUUCAGAGUGCAUGGAACUAUGGAGCCUCUUGUGCAAGCAUGAACAUUGUGCAACUGAGUGUAAAUAACACUACAUUAUGCACAAAAGCUACAUGUCUAUGGCGAUAACAAGGAAUAUGUAAUGUCUAUAGUGCAAUAGAAUUUCUUGGACACUGUGACAUGGCAGCUGAAAAACUGGAACAGUGCAGCCAGAAAAUAUGGCUGUUGCUAGGUAAUGGCCAAUAAGCACAUUUCCAUGGCAGUGAACAUGUGAUGCUACAAGAGAAAUUGUGGAAAUGGAGUUCCCUACUUUGUACCUACAGCAUCCAGCCAGUUGGUUCAGAAUCAACGUACUCAACAGUGUGUAGAACAGGAAAGGAAUAUGAGGAAGAAAAAAAAAAGUGUAUGCAAUGAGACUUCCUGUUGAAUUCUCAAGUGGAUGUUACACUAGAUAUUUAUUAAAAGAGUUCUGCUUGAAUAUUUUUGUCUUGCAUUUAGUAUUUUAAACAUUGUUAGCAUCUAUUGGAGAUAUUCGUAUCAUGAAUUUAUAUUCUUUUUAAUGUAAUUUCCAUAAGGACAAACUUCUGCAUAUUAGGGAUGUACACUAGAAACUGUGAUGUGAAUUUAAUCUGGGUUCACUAAAUCGAGUAUUUUGUUGUGUGGGUAGCAUACACAGAAAUCAAGUCUUUUUGUACCAAGAUUAUGAUGCAUGCAGUUCUUGGGAAUCUACUAAUAACAUGUUUUAUUACUCUAUAUAAAGUGUAUAAAAGUAAGUCUUAAGAUGUUACAAUUCUUACAAUAGAUCUCUGUAGUAAUAUAAAAUAAUGUAGUGCCAAAUACAAUUUGUGACCAAAGAUUUUAAAGACAUUUUCUUUGACAAAUGAAUUAACACACUAUUUCAAUAGCAAAGAAACCUAUAACCCUUAGCAAUCCCUUAGGCAAGUUCAGAUAUAUCCAGACUUUAUGUGAGGCACAGUAUGCUCUCUUGCUCAAUUUCUGAGUCUCACUUUGUUCUGGUUAAUUUUUGGAGGACAGAACACAGCAAGUAUCAAGUUCCAUUUCAGACUGAGCAGUACUAUGGAAUUAUAUUGAUACAUGCAGACAGCGUAUCAUAAUCACUAGCAUUUCAGUGACAUCUUCAUUUCUUAGAUGUGAGAAAACUUAUAACACUGUCAACAUAUGUUUCUAAUGCAAGAACAUUAUAUAUGUAUUGUUACACGACAGCUGAAAGCCACAGCAGUGCCACAUUUCUGCAGCAAUGAAUCAACAUGUAAGGGAAGAGGGUCUGCUGGAACUGGUGUUCUCUGUGCAGUCUGUGCCAAGGCUACAUAGUGAGCACCAAUGGGAAAAGUUAGUCAGUCUGAGGUCAGAAUUGGCAAUCGGUAGUUGUGAGUUGCAAGUGGGAAGUGGCAGUGAGAAUGUUAUAACCAUCUGUAGUUAUAACUGUCAAGUAAAUCCAAUUAUUAAGCCAAACCCC